CUGGCGGUGAUUGCUACGGUAGGUUUUGGCGCCAAAAAAAUUGUUGGCGGCGCGAAUCUGAUCAUUUUGAAAUCGAAUAUGAUCAGGAAAAUUUACAGGAAUUUUUGAAACGUAAAAAAUCGAGGAAAAUCUCCCUGAAUUCUGAAUUUGUCUGAAAAAUCUGAAAUUUCAGAUCGACGAUGAGAAUCUGCUAAACGAGUGUAUAAAACUGGAAGCGGCGAUAAAAUAUCGUGAAGAAGACGUGGCGAAUAGUCGAAUUUUGGUCGAACAAUUGCCCCAAGAUGAUGCGGAUUUGGAUAUUAAUGUGGCUUGUAUUGAGUAUAAGGUGAGCUGGAAAUGAUGUCUGGAAAAUUGGAUUUUGACGCUGAAAUCUUCGAAAAUUUGAUUUUUGAGUGAAAAAUUUUCAUUUUUCAGUAUUUUCAUCCAGAAAAAACGGUUUUUUACCAUCGAAAAUCGAAAAAUUCAUUGAAAGAUCAAAAAAUGUCAAAAAAACAUCAGAUUUUUCGAGUUUUUCAGCCAAAAAUGAUGAAAAAUCGAUAUUUUUGAAGCUUCUGGAGGAAUUUCUGAUGAAAAUUGACCUUGGAAUUCACUCUCCAGAAGGUUUUGCUGGUUUUUGUAGAAUAAAAAAAUUUAAAUUUUUUUAUUUUACGAAAAAUCGACAAAAUCUUCUGGAAAGUGAAUCUCCAAGGUCAAUUUUCAUCAGAAAUUACUCCAGAAGCUUGAAAAAUAUCGAUUUGUCAUCAUUUUUGGCUGAAAAACUCGAAAAACUAAUGUUUUUUCGACAUUUUUUGACUUUUCGUGAAUUUCGAAAUUAAAAAAACAUUUUUAAACAUGUUUUUUUCGUUCGUGAAUCAGCCCCAGUGAAAAAUCCUCAUUUUUGAAAUUUUUUUUUUGUUUUAAAAUUAAAAUUUUCAUUUUUCAGUAUUUUUAUCCAGAAAAAGCUGUUUUUAAUGGGGUGAUUCAGGUCAAAAAAAAAUGAAAAAAAUUUUUUUUUAUUCAUUUUUGUGUGGAAAAAAUAGGAAAAAUAGGAAAAAAUAUAGUUUUUUGAGAUUUUCUGAAUCGAAAUUUUUUUUUUGAAAAAAUUAAAAAAAAUUUUUUUUUCAAAAAAUUAACACAGGGGUUUUUUCACUACCGAGUCAAUGCAAAAUUGUAAUCGAGCAAAUAGGCUCCGCCCAUCUUUUUCCGCACAGACAUGUGGGCGGAGCUUAGGUUUUCAGAUUUUCAAAAAGAAAAUUGAAAACCCUUUGGCUCAAAAGACACACAAAUAAAAAGAAAAAAGUCGGGCUAUAUGUGUGUAUGCACGUGAUUAAUUCUCGGUAGUAAUAAAACCCCUGUGAUUAAAAAAAAAAUUUUUUCAAAAAAAAAAAAAAAAAAAUUUUUCAACCCCAUAAAAAACAUGUUCCUAGACCAAAAAAAAACUGAAAAAUCCAAAAAUUCCCCUCAAAAAUUCCCAGGAAGGAAACUACGACACAGCUCUAUCAAAAUUCGAACAAGCCAGUCAAUAUUCUGGAUAUCAACCCGAUCUCGCCUACUCCAUCGCUCUCUGUCAUUAUCGAAAACACGAUUAUCAGAGUGCGCUGAAAUUUUUGACGGAGAUCAUAAAUGAGGGUGUGCGGAAGCAUCCGGAAUUUAAUAUUGGCAUGGUUUCCGAGGGAAUUGAUGUGGUUUUUGUGCCGAAUUCGCUGGCUUUACAUGAAUCGGCGUUGAUUGAGGCGUUUAAUUUGAAAUUUGCUAUUGAAUAUAAGUCCAAGGAUGGUGAGUUUUGAAAAAUUCAUGUUUUAGGAACAAUUUUUCUUAAUUUUUCUUGAUUUUCUUGAAAUUUUGAACUUUCCACGUGGAUUUUUCUAGAAAAAUUCAUGUUUUAGGAACAAAUUUUCCUGAUUUUUUUUUAGAAUUUCAACUUUCCACGUGGAUUUUUCUAGAAAAAUUAAUGUUCUAGGAACAAUUUUUCUUGAUUUCCUUAAAAUUCCAAUUUUCCACGUGGAUUUUUGAAUAAAAUCAGCGAAAUUUCAGAUUUUUAAGUAUGAAAUUUUCAAUGCCACGUGGAUUUUUCUAGAAAAAUUUAAAGCUAGGAACAAUUUUUCAGUAAUUUUUCUUGAAAUUUCAAUUUUCCACGUGGAUUUUUGGAGAAAUUUCAGAUUUUUAAAAAAAGUUUUCAAUGCCACGUGGAUUUUUCCAGAAAAAUUAAUUUCCUUGAUUUUCUUGAAAUUUCAAAACUUUCCACGUGGAUUUUUUUGGUAAAAUCAGAGAAAUUUUCAGAUUUUUCUAGAAAAAUUAAAGCUAGGAACUAUUUUUCUAGUAAUUUUUCUUGAUUUUUUUGAAAUUUCAAUUUUCCACGUGGAUUUUUGGAUCAAAUCAGAAUGAAAUUUUCAAUGCCACGUGGAUUUAAUUUUCAAGUCUCAAAAAAUUGCCAAAAAAUUUUCGGAUUCAGAAAAUUUUUGAAUAAAAAAAAAUGAAAAUCCGAAAUUUUGUACAUAGAAAUUUGAUUGAUUUUUUAAAAAUUUUGAAAAUUUCUGGCUGAAAAUUGAUUUUUGGCUGAAAAACUAUAAAUUUGAAUUUCAAAUCUGAAUUUUUCCGUAGUGAAAAUUCGUCAAACUUUCCCAAAUCUCCCCGGCCUAUGACGUGGCAAAAAUCUCGAAACUUCUUCCAGUAAAAGCAGCGAACGAGAGUCUGACUGAUAUGCCGCCUCGAAACGAACACGAUCUGGAUCCGGUCACACUUCACAAUCAGGCUCUGACCAGCGUCGAAACAUCCGACGGUUUCGCAAAACUCCAGUUCCUGCUGAGCCAAAAUCCAUUUCCUCCCGAGACUUUUGCUAACUUGCUGUUUUUGUACUGCAAACACGAGUAUUAUGAUUUGGCGGCGGAUGUUUUGGCCGAAAAUGCACAUUUCACUUAUAAAUAUUUGACGCCGGUGAGUAGAUCAUCAAAAAGUGGGCGGAGCUUGCAGUUUUGCCGCAUGGUUUUUUUUUUGCUGGAAAAAAAUCGAGUUUGUUGAGUGCAGAACAAAAUUAAGCCACGCCCUUUUUUGCAAUUUUGCGGCAUGAUUUUUCUGGAAAAAUAGACUUCAUGAUGGUAAAAUUGCAAUUUUGCGGCACAGUUUUUUGAAUGUUGUUUUCCUAGAAAAUUUAAGGACAAAAUCAAGCCACGCCCCUUUUUCUGCAAUUUUGAGGCACAGUUUUCAAACGAUGUUUUCUUUCAAAAUAGGUUUUGAAGGCGAAAUUAAUCCACGCCCCCUUUUCUGCAAUUUUGCGGCACAGUUUUUCAAUGUUUUUCGUUCAUAGUUCUCCCGGAUAAGCUGUAUUUUUACACGCACCUUUUCAAAAUUUUCUAUUUUUCCACGCAUUUUUUCUAGAAUGUAACAAAUCUCUCGGACAACUCGAUUUUUUUCGCACUUUUACUGCACACUUUCUUGAAAUUAACCGAUUUUCGUCAUUACAAAAGCCACAAAUCGAAUAGAAAAAUGGAAAAAAUUUGCCAGCCCCUUUUCACUGCAAUUUUGCGGCACACUUUCCAGUACCAAUUCGAUUUCAUCGACGCGCUCAUAAAUCUCCAAACCUCACCCGAUGACGCAAUCGCCAAGCUCGAAGUAAUGGAAACCGAGCAACUGAACGCGUUGCGUCAAGUCGCCAAAGAGAUUCAAAAGAAGCGCGACGCGGAAGGCGGCGGAGGCGGUGCGGACGAUGACGCGGAAAUGCGCGGACUCAUCGAGAAGUACGACAAUCGGUUGGAAUACUAUUUGCCAACGUUGAUGGCUCAUGCCAAGGUUUAUUGGGAGAAACGGAAUUAUUCGGCGGUCGAGAGACUUUUCAGGUGAGUUAGGGUAACUUGGGGUAUUUAUGGACAUUUUCAGUCAAAAAUUUGCAGAAACUCUGUGGAUUACUGUCGUGAGCAUGACACGUGGAAACUCAACGUGGCACACACGAUUUUCAUGCAGGAACAGAAAUAUAAAGAGGCUGCCGGGUUCUACGAACCGAUUGUGAACAAGAAUUAUGAUAAUGUGAGAGUUAGGGGAACUUCCUUGAAAAAUUCCUGGAAAUUUGAGAUUUUCUAGAAAUUGGUCAUGUUUAGACUCUUAAAAUCUGAAAUUCCUGGAAUUUCCGAGCAUUUUGAGAUCAAACAUGACUAGUUUCAGAUUCAAAAUUAAUUUUAUAAAUUCUGAAAAAAUUCUGAAUUGUCAGCCAAAACUGGGUCAUGUUUGGGCUCAAAAAUUGCAGAAUUUUCUAGAAAAUCUGAAAAUCCCGGAUUUUCUGAGCAUUUUGAGACCAAAAAUGAGCAAGUUUAGGUUCCAAAAAAUGUUGAAAAUUCUGAAAAAAUUCAGAAUUUUCAGUUGAAGCUAGGUCAUGUUUGAUGUCAAAAAUUGCAGAAUUUUCCAGAGAAUCUGGAAAUUCUGGAUUUUCUGAGCACUUUGAGAUCAAACAUGACUAGUUUUAGGUUCAAAAUUAAUUUUGAAAAUUCUGAAAAAAAAUCUGAAUUUUCAGCUGAAGCUAGGCCAUGUUUGGGCUCAAAAAUUGCAGAAUUUUCUAGAAAAUCUGAAAUUCCUGGAAUUUCUGAGCAUUUUGAGAUCAAACAUGAGCAAGUUUAGGCUCAAAAAAUCCCAAAAAAAUUAAUUUUGAAAAUUCGCAAUUUCCUGGAACUUCUGAGCUCAAACAUGACUCAGGAGCCCAAAAAUAGUCAUAUUUGAUCUCAAAAUGCUCCAAAUCUCCUGCUCCAUCCAAAAAUGUUCCCUCUACAGAUUCUCGAAGUUCCCGCAAUAAUCCUGGCCAACCUCUGCGUCUGUUACAUAAUGACAAAUCAAAACGAAGAAGCCGAAGAGAUGAUGCGAAAAGUUGAGAGGGAAGAAGAAGAGGCUCGUGAGAAUAACCCCGGCGAAAAAUAUUAUCAUAUCUCAAUUAUCAACCUGGUUAUUGGCAGUUUGUAUUGUAGCAAAGGGAAUUUUGAAUUUGGCCUAACUCGGGUGAUAAAAGCACUUGAACCGCAGGAGAAGAAGUUGGGAGUUGAUACUUGGUAUUAUGCGAAAAGGUGUAUUGUGGCGGCGUUGGGUAAGGAGUUUUUGAGCACAAUUUUGCUCAGAUUUUCAAAUUCUCUAGAAAUUUCGGAAUUUUUUUGAGCACAGGUUUGCUCAUGUUUGGUCUCAAAAUGUGCAGAAAAAUCUGAGAUUUUCAGAUUUUCUAGAAAAUUCUGCAAUUUUUGAGCCCAAACAUGACCUAGUUUCAGCUGAAAAUUCUGAAUUUUUCCAGAAUUUAUAAAAUUAAUUUUGAAUCUGAAACUAGUCAUGUUUGGUACCAAAAUGUGCAGAAAAAUCUAGAUUUUCAGAUUCUCUAGAAAUUUUAGGAUUUUGUGAAUCUAAACACGACUAUUUAAGUUCUUAAAAUUUAUAGAAAAUCUAGGAAAUCUCUGGGAUUUUUUGAGCCUAAACUUGCUCAUGUUUGGUACCAAAAUGUUCAGAAAAUUUGGGAUUUUCAGAUUCUCUAGAAAUUUUAGGAUUUUUUGAGUCUAAACAUGACUGGCAUUAAAAUUUUAAAGAUUUUUUGAGUCUAAACUUGCUCAUGUUUGCUCUCGAAAUGUGCAGAAAAAUCUGGAUUUUCAGAUUCUCUAGAAAUUUUGGAAUUUUUUGAGUCUAAACAUGACUAUCCCAAAAUUCCAAUGAAAAUUCAUUAAAAAUUCAAAUUUUCACACCAAUUUUGCCACGUCAUCAAUUUUCUUCUCCUCAAAAAAAAAAGGAAAAGAAACUUGGUAACCUAGUAACCCAUCAAACUACACACAUUUUUCCGGGGGCUCAAAAAUCGUGCCACGUCAUAGCACACACCCAAAAUUCUUCCAGAAAUCAUGGCCAAACAUUUGCUGGUAAUUCGAGAUUCAGUCAUCCACGAACUUAUCGAAUUUUUGGAAAAAUGUGAGAUGGCGGGACGAAACAUCUAUACAUUUCCGGAGGAACUUUUGGAGGGAACAGCUGAAUCCAAGGUCAAAUCUACAGUAACCUAUGAGGCACGGAUGAUUAAGGCGACUUUGUUGAAUGUUUCUGGAUUUUGA